AUGUCUGCAGCCCUGCUCUACACGCUGCUUGCUGCUUUACUGGCGUUGGUUUUACUCAUUCGCAACAAAUAUCCCUAUUUUUGGCACGAUGUUAGAUACUGCUUCAUUGUGAUCGGGAUAGCUGUGCGGACGGGCAAAUUCCAGAAGCAGAAGCCCUACUUCACCAUCCUGGACAGAUUUUUGGAGCAAGCAAAGAAACAACCGCACAAAACUUUCAUUAUUUUUGAAGGGCGUGAGUACAGCUACAGUUACGCGGAUACUCAGAGUAACAGAGUAGCCCAUGCUCUGCAGACUCACACGGAUCUGAAGGAGGGGGACACGGCGGCCUUGUUCGUGGGGAAUCAGCCUGAGUUUGUGUGGCUGUUUUUGGCUUUGUCCAAACUGGGCUGCACCGCGGCGCUGCUGAACACCAACAUCAGGUCCAAGUCCCUGCUGCACUGCUUCUCCUGCUGCGACGCCAAAGUGCUGCUGGCCGGAGGAGAUCUGUAUGGGGCCGUGGAGGAGGUGCUUCCUGGUUUGACGGAGGGAGGAGUGCGUGUGUUCGUAUUGGGACAGGACACCGGAGUGAACGGCAUUGAGACUCUCUCUGAUAAGAUCCAAGAGGCUUCAGAUGAGCCGCUCCCUCUCCAGCUCCGGGCCAACGUCACUGGCAGCAGCCCGGCGCUCUACAUCUACACAUCCGGAACCACAGGUCUCCCCAAAGCCGCCGCUGUGUCUCACAUGAGGAUAUGGUUCGCCUCGUUUGUUCAGAGUUUUGCCGGAGUGAAUUCAAAUGACGUCUUCUACCUGUACCUCCCGCUGUACCACACGGCCGGCUUCCUCAUGGGACUCACAGGAGGAAUAGACAGAGGUCUGACGGUGGUUUUGAAGCGUAAGUUUUCGACCUCUCAGUUCUGGGACGACUGCAGAAAACAUGAAGUGACCGUGAUCCAGUACAUUGGAGAGAUCAUGCGCUACCUCUGCAACGCGCCAAAGAAAGACAACGAGAAGAAUCACAAAGUCCGCAUCGCCGUGGGCAACGGGGUCAGACUGGACACGUGGGAGGAGUUUCUGCAGAGGUUCGGCAACAUCCGCGUCUGCGAGUGCUACGGCUCCACGGAGGGAAACAUCGGCUUCAUCAACUACAUUGGGAAAGUCGGGGCCAUCGGCAAAGAGCACUUUCUUCAUAAAUUGGGGUAUCCAUACGCUCUGAUCAGAUACGACACAGAAAAAGAGGAACCGGUCAAAGACUCUAGAGGUUUCUGCAUUGAGGUUCCCCGAGGAGAGACCGGUUUGCUCAUUGGGAAGAUCAGUGAGAGAUCGCCGUUCCAGGGAUACGUGAAAAAUAGGCAACAAACGGAGAAGAAAGUCCUCCAAGAUGUUUUUGUGAAAGGAGACUGUUUCUUCAACUCUGGAGAUCUGCUGAGGAUCGACGAGCACGGAUUCGUUUACUUCCAAGACCGGAUUGGAGACACGUUCAGGUGGAAGGGAGAAAAUGUAGCAACGACUGAGGUGGCGGAUCAUUUACUCACAGUGGAUUGUAUCGAAGAGGCCAAUGUCUUCGGAGUCAAGGUCCCAGGACACGAGGGCCGUAUUGGGAUGGCGGCGCUGAAGCUCAGAGACAACAUGGACUUUGACAGCGGAGCGACGCACAGACAGAUGAAGAGCGGACUUCCCAGCUACGCACGACCUCGCUUUAUUCGCUUACAGGCUGCGAUGGACGUGACUGGGACGUACAAACAGACUAAAGGGAAGCUGGCGCAGGAAGGUUUUGACCCAGCGAUCGUCAAAGACCCUCUGUUCUUCCUGGACGACUCGAAAGGCUACAUCCCCCUGACACCAGACAUUUAUGACUCCAUAUACAACGGCAGACUUCGACUGUGA